AUGGACAUAUUGACAAAAAAUCGAUUUUAUGACAUCUUUAUGCCCUUGGCGCUUAUUUUUGCGCAAGUAGCCACAGAGCAAGUGUUUGCCGAGAGUUGCACCAUAAGCCAGCACAAAUUCAACAAGGACACUAUAUCUGUAAAUACAGAAUGCAAAGUAAGCUGCCACGAAAUAACUUUUUAUGCGGGUUCAAGUUCAAUGUGCAUUCUGAAGCAUAAAGGCAUUGGCUAUGUUUUUACGAUCCUAACUGGAAUUUGUGAUAAUGGAGAGUGCCGGAAAACGAACGAAAGUGAAAUAUAUAGACGAGAACUUGAAGAUCCAUUGUAUGACACCUAUAACCGUAAGUUCUAG